AUAUUUAACGUCAACAUUUUGCAGAGGUAUACAAUUUCAUCGAAAUGUAAUAUGAAGUUUUAGUGGGCGUUCAAGGGAUGAUAAUUUCAUUCAUUUAAUCAUGAUCCGUUGACGAACUGAAUAAACAAAACCGGGCACAGACGAAUUAAUUGAACAACAAAAAGUGAUGUGAUCAGUUUCAGAAUUAUAAAAAGUAGAAGAAUAUUUCAAUAAAUAUUUUUAACAGCAUUAUUGAACGUAUACAUACAUUGCAAAAGCUGAAAAAUCUAGAUGCUCAGAAAAUGGUUGAAGAAUCACUACAAAAUUUCUCCAACGCAUCAGAAGCAGAUGUUGACCCUUUUGAGGAUAUCGAAGGGUGGCCAACCGACGAUAAUAUAGCUCGUGCUCUCGAAAACUAUUUUACUUUCCAUUUCAUUUCUUCCAUCAUAUUGAAUUUGAUUAUUGUCGUUGUAAUAUGUCCUCUGCAUAUAUUUAUUUUGUACAACUUUUUCAGACAUAAAAAAUUAAGAUCUAGAUUAAAUUUGUAUAUCUUGAAUUGUUCUAUUAUAGAUUUAUCGAAACAAUUGUUACGGAUAAUAACUUAUUUGAUUAGAAACGUCGGUAACUCAAAUACACUUGACUGGUUAUGUUUUAAUACUAUAAUGGAAUACAUUCUUUUUUGUUUAUAUAUUUCAUUCGGUUUAGGAUUGGCCAUUGAUUGGUUUACGUCUUGUUAUAAGCCCUAUUUGACUGAUAACCUAGAUAAGUAUUUCAAAUUUGUAAUCGCAGUUAUAUAUGUUAUUGCCUUCAUAAUUGUCAUUGUAGACUCCUCAGGUUGUACAAUACACUCAUUCUGGGCGAUGUUGAGAAAUUUUAAUUUCAUUGUCGGUUUUUUCAUAACCAUUUCAGUCACACUUUUGGUUGUGAAUAUUCUUGCUGGAAAGUUUGCCCUCAAAAACACCAACAGUAAAACUUCAUAUGCUCUAACUAUCGCUAAUAUUAGCAUAUAUUCAUUUUUCCCAUUCUUUCUUUAUCAUAUUAUUGAAACGUAUUCGUUUAAUCAUAUUCUACUCGACAUUUUUCUAUUAUAUACAUCAGUUCUUCCUGAAUCGAUAGGAUGUUUCCAUUUUCUCUUGAUUUUGUAUAUAUUCUGGAAGGGAAGUAAAGAAUUCAAAGUAGCGUGUUCUCUUUGUUUCAAGAGAUCAACUAAUGUUUAUAGGGAAGACGAACGGAGUGAGGAUUCUGACAUUGGCAAUAAUGACAUUGAAAACACUUAUGUUCAUGCUGAUAAUUAUAAUUCGAAUCUUGACCAUGAAGCUUUGAUACUGUAAAUAAUUCCAAUAUUGAAUAAAUGAAUGAAAACGUACAUAUUUU